GAUGUGCAACACUAUACCAGAGUUUACAUUUCUGUUUAGAUGUGAUCAAUGGAUGUGAUUUGUGAAGUAUUUUGAUAAAUAGGGACAAGGGGACAAAAUUAAUCAUUCUAAUAGAGAAACGUAGUGGAAAAUACAUUAAAACUACUAUACGACACAAAAUAGGCCAAAUCAUGGCAUUAAAUAAAUAUAUGCAUCCUCGCAAUAUCUACAAAACACCCCCGGAUUUUUGUAAAUUGGCAAAACAGUUUCCAGAUUUUUUACGAAUUGCAAAAACGGAUGUAACCGGCAAAGUCUCAAUUGACUUUAAGGAUCCACAGUCACUGCGUAUUUUAACAAAAUGCCUUUUAAUGUCAGAUUUCAACCUUGAUGUAGACAUCCCUGAUGACAAAUUGGUGCCAACUCUCCCUUUAAGACUUAAUUAUAUAUUAUGGCUAGAAGACCUCUUGAACUCUAUUAAGAAGGAUGAUGUAAAAGGACUGGAUAUAGGUACUGGGGCAUGUGCAAUAUAUCCUUUAUUAGCAGCAAAAAAAAAUGAAUGGCACAUGGUUGGUACAGAGUCAGAUGCAGAUAGUUUUCUUAAAGCUCAAGAAAAUAUACAAAAGAACAAAUUAGAAUCACUCAUAGAAUUAAAGAAAAACACAAGUUCUACUUUAAUAACAUAUUUAUUUACUGAUGAAACACCAUACACAUUUGACUUUUGCAUGUGCAAUCCACCAUUCUACAGCAGUCUACAAGAGCUAUAUGAAUCCAGAAGCCCAGCAAGGCCACCACCAAAAAAUGGUUUUACUGGAUCUCCUCAUGAGCUAAUAACUGAAGGUGGCGAAUUAAAAUUCUGCAGAAAAUUACUAAAAGAAAGCAAAGAGCAAAAAGAUAAAAUAAGGAUAUUUACCACAAUGGUUGGCCACAAAUACAAUCUUGCUGAAUUAAUACAAGACUUAAAAGCUGAUAAAAUCAUUUAUACGCAUACCGAAUUUUGCCAAGGACGAGUUACUAGAUGGGGCUUAGCUUGGACUUUUCAAGAUUACAACAUUCAUGAAUUGGUCCCUUCAAGAGAUAAACUGCGCAAAAAGACUUUGCCUUUAACAUACUUGUUGCCAGAACUUCCGAACUGCGUAUAUAAUGUGGAAACUGCUGUUACUAAAAUAAAAAAUAUGCUCAUUGACUUAAAUAUGAUGUACAAAGUAAUUGAAAAAAGAGGGAAUAAUAUAUGCUUAGAUGUAAUAGCUAAAACAAAUACUUGGUCAAAUCAAAGGCGAAAAAAAAGAAUGAUGAAAAGAAUUGAAGCUGAAAAUGUGAAGAAGAUCAAACACGAUACUGCUGAUAAAGUAGAUGCUGAACAACAUGUAAAUGAUGCAGUUGAUGCAUCUUCUUCCCUAAUAAGUAAUGGUUCUUCUAUUUCACCGAUACCAGAAACUAAUGAUCACACUCAAAAUAUUACAGAAACUGAACAUGUUAUACAUGCUAUUUUAAAAGUGAUAAAAAAAGAAAAUGAUGUGCUUCUUCAAAUGGAAUUAGUAGAUGGUACAGCUGGUAAAGAAGGUUUACACCAAAUAAUACAAUACAUUAAAAAUAAUUGGAAAUAAAUUUUAUUCUUAUUCAUUUAA